ACGUGUUGCCGGCUAUUGCAAUAAACACAGCGAACGCCGUUUCCGAAUUACUUGACUCACGUUUUAUUAUAAAAGAUCAGCAAAUCAAAACAAUAAUUUGGACAAUGGCCCGUGGAAAGAAACAGAACCCGUUUGCAGCAAGAAAACGACAAAAGCGUGCAAAUGGGGCACCGGAACGUCCAGAUCGACGCGCCGAGCCGUAUAAGGAGAUCGAACGGGAUAAUGCGUUCUUCAUCAAAUACUAUCAUCUGCAAAAGAUCUGCGACACGGAGGAGGAGUGGACACAGUUCCUGGCCAAAAUACGUGACAAUCUGCCGACGACAUUUCGUGUGACGGGCUUCAAAGAUGAGGCGAAAGCUCUGCUGAAUAUAAUCAAGACACAGCUAUUUGAGGAAUAUGUGCGUGCCGUUGCCGAACUAAACGAAUUGCCCACCGAGCAGGUGGAGCGUCCAUUGUGCCUGCCCUGGUAUCCCAAUGGCAUGGCCUAUCAGCUCCAUUUGACGCGCAAGGAUAUACGCCGAUCUGAACCGCUCUUUCGGCUGCACAACUUUUUAAUUGUGGAGACAACGGCGGGCAGCAUUAGCCGGCAGGAGGCGGUCUCCAUGAUACCGCCACUGGUGCUCAAUGUCCAGCCGACGGAUAAGGUACUGGACAUGUGUGCGGCGCCUGGCUCAAAGACGGCACAGCUAAUCGAGGCGCUGCAUGCAUCGCCGGAUCAGCAUAAAAUUCCGCCGGGCUUUGUGCUGGCCAACGAUGUGGACAACAAUCGCUGCUAUAUGCUGGUGCAUCAGGCCAAGCGCCUCAAUUCGCCAUGCCUGCUGGUGACCAACCAUGACAGCAGCGUCUUUCCCAAUCUGGUCCAAACGGUGGAUGGCAGCAAGUCCAUAUUGAAAUUUGAUAAAAUCCUGUGCGAUGUACCUUGCUCCGGGGAUGGAACGUUACGCAAGAAUCCGGACAUUUGGCUGAAAUGGAAUCUGGGACAGGCAUACAAUCUGCAUGGCGUCCAGUAUCGCAUUGUGCGUCGUGGCGCCGAAAUGUUGGCGGUGGGCGGUCGUUUAGUUUACUCCACCUGCUCGCUGAAUCCCAUUGAGAACGAGGCGGUGCUGCAGCGCAUCAUUAAGGAUGCGGAUGGCGCCUUGCAGCUCGUCGACGCCUCACAUCUGGUGCCGGGCCUGAAAUACAAACCGGGCAUGACAGACUGGAAGCUGGCCACCAAAGAGGUGGACUCCGUCUACACUAGUUUUGAGGAGGUGCCCGAGAAUCUACAUACGAUAAUACGACCGUCAAUGUUCCCAUUGCCGCCGGCGGAGAUCUCAGGCAUUGGCUUGGACAAGUGUAUGCGUGUCCUGCCGCAUUUGCAGGAUAGCGGUGGGUUCUUUGUCGCUGUGCUUGAGAAACGACGUGCCUUAAAUUUCGAGAAGAACGAUCUGCAGGAUUUGGAGGAGCCGCAGAAGAUGGAGACAGAGGCGGAGACAAAGGAUGACGAGGAGAAAUCGACGCCAUGGGGACCGCAACGCAAGCGACGUCGUCUCCAUGGCUACAAGGAGGAUCCGUAUGUCUUCUUCACGGAAGAUGAUGCCGACUACGAGUCCAUCAAGCGGUUCUAUCAACUAAAUGAUAUGCUCAACAAACGCUGCCUCCUCACACGCUGCCAAACGGAGCGCAAAAAGAACAUCUAUUAUUGCUCGGAACCCAUACGGGAUCUGGUGCUGCACAACGAGAAGACGAUCAAAAUCAUCAAUACGGGCGUGAAGACAUUUGUGCGCUGCGAGAAUCGACACACAGAGCAUCCGUAUCGGCUGGCCCAGGAGGGAUUGCAAACAUCGAAUGCAUUCAUCGGCGACAGUCGUCGCAUUCAGGUGGAACGCGAUGAUCUCGUCCUGCUGCUUAACUGCACAGACCCAACGAAGCCGCCAUCGACGCUCGAACUGCAAACGGAGACACAGCAGCGCUGCAAGGAACUGGGCAUCGGCAGCUGCAUUCUCAAGUAUGUGGAUGAGGCAUUUACGCUAUUCAUUGUCGGCUGGCGGGGCACAUCCAGUCUGCGGGCCUAUGUCGAUCGCGAUGAGACCGUGCACAUUCUCCGACUGCUCGGCGCCGAUCUUACCAAGUUUGAGGUCAACAAAUAUGAGAAGGCCAAGGAGGCAGCUGCAGCUGCAGCAGCGGCGGCAGCGACGACGGCAGCAGUAACAGCUGCAACAUUAACGCCAGAGGAGGAAACUACUGUUAAGGACGAACUUACUGUGAAUCUUACUGGGACCGAGCGCUCAGUUUUAGAAGACGAAAACAUCUAAUUGGAUGUGGAUGGUCGAGUGCAGCAUUUUAGCAUUUAGUCUAUAUACAAAUAUUGAUAUUUAUAAAUAUCAAAGACGAAACUGUUGAUUAUUCCCCUUCUAAUUUUACGAAUAAUAAAUUUUGUAUUUUCCUUGUUCAAAA